AAGGGCAUUUGAUCAUCCCUUGUUUAUGAAGAGUAACAUAUCUUGGUGUUUGGAAUUCUUCUGAGAUACGAGAUUGAUGAGAAAACACAAUGUUGGAUUGGAGUUGGGGAUGAAGUAAAUCCAGAUAUUGAAUAGGUUCAAGCUCGUGUGUAUUACUAAACAUAAGGAGAAGCAUCAAGCAUAUGAGAAAAAGUCUGUACACCAUUGUAUUACUCUUUCAAGUUUGUAGAGAAAAAAAAAACAAAUUCUGGAUAAUAUAGCUCAGAGCCUCAGACAUUAAAGUCUUGAGUAUACCAAAUACUGUAGUGAGAAAAUCAAACAUUAUGUAAUACCCCUGUAAUAGAAAAGGAAUAAUACAAAAGGUUACAUUUUUACACAUUUGAGAGACACUAAAUUAGGUUUUUCUUUACCCGCUGCCUCCUCCGGCUGUGUCGGUGGUGAAAAAGCGUCCAAAAGUAAGAAAGACUCAGACUUUAGCUAGCUACUGAAACCCGCUCUAAACAGUAAGAUGAUGAGGAGAGGUCGCGGUCGCGGUCGUGGCGGCGGAGGGGGUGGUAUGGGCGGAGGGAUAAAUCGUAGAUAUCUGAGUCAAGUUAUUGAUUCAUGCGGGAAGGAUUUAACAACGGCGGAGGAUAUCGCUGAUGAUCUCCGUUCAAGGUACGGUAACUUUGCCCGGUUGACUAGGCAAGUGCUUCUGCUCAACGUAAGACAAAUCCUUAAUGCCAGAAACAACAAAGCCGAAGAGGAAGAUGAUAACAACAAUGAAGAAGCUGCUGCUGCUAAGAGGAAGAAAUUUUCAUCUUCUCCGACUUCUUCUUCGACUUCUGAGGACGAGGACGCUGUUUACAGCAAGAAGCUGAGUCCGCCGCGGUUUGAUUUGAUCAAUAACAGUCUACGAGAUAACUACUCCAAGUUGAACAACUCUUCAAAGAAACCAGUUGAGUCGCCUGUGAAAAUUAAUGUCGAAGUUGAGACUGUAAGCAACAAAGGUAGAAGCAAGAUGGCUACUAUGGGGUUGAGAAAAGAGGCUAAGGGCUCUCGUUCUGUAAGUGGAACUACUGGUAAUGGUGAUUUGGAAGUGGUGGAUGAUAAAGGACCUACCUUUAAAGAUUUUGGUGGGAUAAAGAAAGUGUUGGAUGAACUGGAGAUGAAUGUUUUGUUUCCGAUUCUCAAUCCUGAACCGUUUAAGAAAAUCGGAGUUAAGCCACCGAGUGGGAUUCUUUUUCAUGGACCACCUGGCUGUGGAAAGACCAAGCUGGCCAAUGCCAUAGCCAAUGAAGUUGGUGUUCCGUUUUAUAAGAUUUCAGCUACAGAUGUGGUUUGUGGUGUCUCUGGGGCUUCAGAAGAGAAUAUUAGAGAGCUAUUCUCUAAAGCAUAUAGGACUGCGCCUUCCAUUGUGUUUAUCGAUGAGAUUGAUGCAAUUGGAUCAAAGAGGGAAAAUCAGCAAAGGGAGAUGGAGAAGCGGAUUGUAACGCAAUUAUUGACUUGUAUGGAUGGACCUGAUAACAAAGGUCCUGAGGCUAGUGCUGGAUUUGUUCUCGUUAUUGGAGCUACAAAUAGGCCUGAUGCUCUUGAUCCUGCUUUGAGGAGAAGUGGAAGAUUUGAUUGUGAGAUUGCUCUGAGUGUUCCAGAUGAAGAUGCAAGGGCUGAGAUACUCUCGGUUGUAGCCCAAAAACUUAGACUAGAAGGGCCCUUUGACAAGAAAACAAUAGCUCGUCUAACACCGGGUUUUGUUGGAGCCGAUUUGGAAGGUGUUGCUAACAUGGCUGGCAGGAUAGCCACAAAGAGAAUCUUGGAUUCAAGAAAAUCUCAACUGUCUGCAAACGGUGAAGAUGAUAAUUCUUGGCUAAGGCAUCCCUGGCCAGAAGAAGAGUUGGACAAACUUUUUGUCAAAAUGUCUGAUUUCGAGGAAGCAGUGAAUCUAGUUCAGGCAUCUUUAACAAGAGAAGGAUUCUCUAUCGUGCCUGAUGUCAAGUGGGAUGAUGUUGGUGGACUUGAGCAUCUACGACUUGAAUUCAACCGUUAUAUAGUCAGACCUAUCAAAAAGCCUGAUAUUUAUAAGGCUUUUGGGGUAAGCUUAGAGACAGGAUUUUUGCUCUAUGGACCACCGGGAUGUGGGAAGACAUUGAUUGCCAAGGCAGUUGCUAACGAGGCAGGAGCUAAUUUCAUGCACAUCAAGGGUGCAGAACUUCUAAACAAGUACGUUGGAGAAAGCGAGCUUGCUAUUCGGACAUUGUUUCAGCGCGCCCGGACAUGCUCGCCAUGUGUAAUCUUCUUUGACGAGGUGGAUGCUCUGACAACAAGCCGUGGCAAAGAAGGUGCCUGGGUUGUUGAACGGCUUUUGAACCAGUUUCUUGUUGAGCUGGACGGUGGAGAGAGACGUAAUGUAUACGUAGUGGGAGCUACAAACAGGCCAGAUGUAAUCGAUCCAGCUUUCUUGAGACCCGGUAGGUUUGGGAAUCUACUUUACGUACCCCUCCCUAACGCGGAUCAGCGUGCUUCGAUUCUUAAAGCUAUAACAAGGAAGAAGCCCAUAGAUCCUAGCGUUGAUCUGGAUGGUAUUGCAAAGAUGAGAUGUGAAGGUUUCAGCGGAGCUGAUCUUGCUCACUUGGUGCAAAAGGCUACAUUCCUGGCAGUGGAGGAAAUAACAAGCACCUGUGAAGAUGAUGAUGAAGAUGUUACAGAUUUAACAAAGUGUACCAUCAAGAUGACUAAUUUCGAGCAAGCCUUGUCCUUAGUAUCACCAUCUGUGAACAAACAGCAACGAAGACACUACGAGGAACUCUCAAAAAAGCUCCAAGAAAGCAUUGGAAGGAAAGCAUAGGAAGGAAGGAUCAUCUUUUUGGCCUACACUUGUUAAACUCUCUUUUGCUCAUAAGAAUGUCUUCAAAAUCCCAUUUUUCCGACUACUCGUAACAAAUUAACAAUUAUUUAUUUGAGAUAUAUAUAUAAGAAAGGUUUUGUUUU